AUGUCUGAAUACAACCAAAACAUCGAACCAAUGAAACUUGUGGCUGUAAUAAUAGAGAUAGGGAAAGUUGUCAGAUGGCCCAUGAAUUUACCACACGUUAAGGCCAAGCGAGAUACCACUAAGUGGUGUGAAUACCAUGGAGACCAUGACCAUGUCACUGCCGAUUGUAUCGCCCUCUAUCUUGAGAUAGUAAAGCUACUGAAGAAAGGCCAUCUCCACGACUUCCUAACGGACAAAGGGAAAAACACCUUGGAAAACAAGGAUCACCAGAUUACACCUCAAAAAAAAGCACAGCCAGCAAAUGGGUUGUGUAAUGUGAUCUCAGGUGGAUCAGAAGUAAGCAGUGUAAGCUACUCCUUGGCCAAGUGUCAUGCCAAAGCCGUAGCUGACCCAAAGGUCCAAUCCUCUGGGCCACACUUGCAGAAGGCAACCGAUCUAACCAUUGAGUUCAUUGACAAUGAAAUGGUGAUGCUCUUAAACCCCCACCAUGAUGCUCUAGUUAUCACCCUUCAUAUAGCAAACUUCCUUGUCAAGAGGAUCCUUGUAGACCCCAGCUCAUUCGCGAAAUCCUAUUCCUCAAGGCACUCAAAGUCAUAA